UCUCUGCCGUCCAUUGGUGAUAUGGAUUCAAUUUUCUCCAUCUCUAGCCAUUCUCUCCUUGGCUCUACUGUUACCUCUUCCUUCUCCCAAAUCGACUUUCCCGCCAAAUCACAACGGUCGUUUUCGGCGACGCCCAAGUUUCGCUCACACAGGGCCGACGAGUGUGCUGCUGGUCAUAUCGCCUUAUCUGCUUCAACUAGCGGAAGGAGAGGGCUACUAUUUAUGGCCACACUUCCAUGUCUUCUUCCUUUAACUCAAAUCAUGGAUUGUCAUGGAGCAAGUGCGAUCGAGUCAGGUACAAAGGAAUAUCUGCUUAUAAAAGAAGAAGUCCGCAAGGUAUUGUCGAAGGGAAAGGCAGCAGGUGUGCUUCGUCUGGUUUUCCAUGACGCUGGGACCUUUGAAAUGGAUGAUAAUGCAGGUGGCAUGAAUGGUUCUAUAGUCUAUGAACUUGAUAGACCUGAAAAUUCUGGACUAAAAAAAUCUAUAAAGGUUCUGCAAAAAGCGAAGACUCAGAUAGAUGCUAUAAAACCAGUGUCCUGGGCAGACAUGAUUGCUGUGGCUGGAGCUGAAGCAGUUUCUGUGUGUGGGGGACCAAAGAUCCCAGUUUCAGUUGGCAGGCUAGAUUCAUUGGAGCCAGAUCCGGAAGGGAAACUUCCUGAAGAAUAUCUUGAUGCUUCUGGUUUGAAGAAAUGCUUCCUGAGAAAAGGCUUUUCAACACAGGAACUAGUAGCGUUGUCUGGAGCCCACACGCUUGGUAGUAAAGGUUUUGGAAGCCCAACUUCUUUUGACAACUCAUAUUACAAGGUUCUUCUGGAGAAGCCAUGGACGUCUUCAGGCGGUAUGUCAGGUAUGAUUGGCCUUCCUUCAGAUCACGCACUUGUUGAGGAUGAGGAAUGUUUAAGGUUCUCGUCUAAACACUGCCUUCUUUUUUUUUUUUUUUAUCCCCGGGAUUAGAACAGGGCUAAACUAGCCUUGUAAGAUAUUGAACCCACAACCUCCCCCAAGCAAGGAGAUUGCCCCUAGGGCAAUGCGCUCAUGUGCGUCUAAAUACUGCUCUAAACCACCCAUAAUAUGUGGUACUUACCUCAGAUCACUCACUCC